AUGGCCAUCAUGAGCAGCGGCACCACAGACAAAGACUUGUCCGACGUGAAGGUCGUCUUCACCCUAGUGGUGUCCGGGCUGCAGUGCAUGGCGGGUGUGGCUGGGAACGGCUUCAUCACAGCCGUCCUGGGCGCUGAGUGGGCCAGGGGCAAGCGGCUGCCCACUGGAGACUCCAUUCUGCUUCUGCUGAGUGUCUCUCGGUUUCUUCUUCAGCUCUGGAUGAUGCUGGAGAGCGUGCUCAGCCUGCUCUUCCGAAGUACCUACAACCAAAACACCAUCUACACCCUCUUCAAAGUCAUCAUCAUGUUCCUCAACUACUUCAACCUCUGGCUAGCCGCCUGGCUCAACGUCUUCUACUGCCUUAGGGUGGCCAACUUCGCACACCCCUUGUUCUUCACGAUGAAGAGGAGGGUCGUGGGGCUCAUGCCUUGGCUGGUGAGGCUGUCGGUUCUUGUUUCCUUCAGUUUCAGCUUCCCCUUCUCCAAGAACAUCUUCCAUGUGCACGUGAACAGCUCCAUCCCUGUCCCCUCCUCCAACUCCACUGAGAAGAAGUAUCUCUCUGAGACCAACGUGGUCAACCUAGUCCUUCUCUACAACCUAGGCAUCUUCCCACCUCUCAUCAUCUUCAUCCUGGCAGCCACCCUGCUGAUCGUCUCCCUCAGGAGGCAUGUCCUGCACAUGGAAAGCAAUGCCACUGGUUCCAGGGACCCCAGCAUGCGGGCCCACCUAGGGGCCAUCAAAUCCAUCAGCUACUUCCUCAUCCUCUACAUCUUCAAUACCAUCACUCUGUUCCUAUCCAUGUCCAACAUCUUUGAGAUCAACAGUCCUGGGAACAUUUUGUGCAAAAGCAUCAUGGCCACCUACCCUGCUGCCCACUCAGGGGUGCUGAUCUUGAGCAGCCCCAGGCUACAGAGAACCUGGAAGCGGCUUCAGCACCGAGUGCAUCGGUACCUAGAAGGACAGACUCUGUAA